UAAAGAAGAAACCGACUUUUGAAUUGAUUAAUAUGAAAUCAUACUUUUUAUAACAUUGGAUAACGAUGGGUGGAUUAAAUUCAACGGGGACAAAUCCAUCCUCCCCAACCAACACAACAGGGAACAAUAUUCAAUAUGUCAAUGGUCAUAUUCACAAUAUGACUAGACUAGAAUGGCUGACGAAACAGUGAUAAUCAGUUAGUCAGUAGGCCUAUCAUAGAGGGUAGUCAAAUAACAGUCAUAUUAUUUCAAUCUAGAUCUUAAUCUAGGAGUUUACCAAUUUAGAUUAAGCUCAGUUUGAUUUUGGUUUUCCCUUUUACUCCACACCCGAAGAAGGUCAGACAACUGUGACAGACAAAUUAGGUUCUGAAGCUAAAAAGGCAGCAAGAUGGGGCUCCAUGCAGACAGUGCCGAAGAUCCCGCCACAGCCAGCAAUUUUCGAGAGGCCGUCUCCUCCCAUUUGCAUCUUGACGUGGAUGUUGACUUUGAUACCCAGACGAUAUCAGGAGUCAACAGAAUUUCCAUGGAAUGCUUGACAGAUGGACUCAAACAAGUGAUUCUGGAUGUUCAUGAAGCUUUGACCAUAAAGAAAGUCACAACCCAAAGAACUCGAGAUGUGGACUUCAAGAUUGAACCGUUUGACAUAUAUGGACAGAGUUUGGUUUUGACAUUCCCCCAAGCGUUUGCCAAAAAUGAAAAAUUUGAUGUUGAGAUUGAGUUCGUGACCUCGCCGAGUCCUGGCGUCUGCUGGCUGGAGCCUCCUCAGACCACAGACAAGAAGCUCCCUCUGAUGUACACGCAGGGUCAGGCGGUUCUCAACCGAUCCUUCUUCCCUUGCCAAGACACCCCGGCAAUCAAGGUCACGUUCUCUGCCAAUGUCAAGGUCCCUGAUGGUUUCACACCUCUGAUGAGUGCAAACAAAAUGUCUACGGGAGAAAAGCCGAACAGGAAAGGAGAAACCGACUGCUUCUUCUUUGAGCAAGAAGUACCAAUACCUGUAUACCUUGUUGCCAUGGCAGUGGGCGACUUUGUCAGCGCUGAGAUUGGACCUCGCAGCAAAGUCUGGGCUGAGCGGAGCAUGCUGGACAAAGCGGCCGCAGAGUUAAGAGGCGACGUUGAGGAAUUUCUUCUAGCGGGCGAACAGUUGUUUGGAGAGUACGUGUGGACCAAGUACGACAUUCUGGUCAUGCCGCCAUCUUUUCCGUUCGGAGGGAUGGAGAAUCCGUGUCUGACAUUCAUCACGCCGUGCAACAUCGUGGGAGACAAGUCGCAAAACAAAGUCGUCAUCCACGAAAUUGGCUUCACCAUGUACGCUCAGCGCAGAAUUGAGGAGAAGAUGUACGGCAAAGCUUACAUGUGCCUAGAGGCUGCCACUGGUCAAGCAUUGCUUAACAGGCACAUAGACAGGGAGGGAACGGACCACCCGUUGACCAAGCUGAGAGUGGUCAUCGACAGAGGCGUGGACCCAGACGAUACGUAUAACGAGACGCCGUACGAGAAAGGUUUCUGCUUCCUGUCCUACUUGUGCAGUCUCGUGGGCAGUGUCGAAGUUUUUGACGUGUUCCUCAAAGCGUAUGUGGACAAGUUUAAGUACAAGAGUGUUCUGUCUGAAGACUUUUUCGAUUUCUUCUUGGAGUACUUUCCACGUCUGAGAGAUGAGAAAGUGGAUGAAAAGCCGGGGUUGGAGUUUGUGGCGACGUGGCUGAACAAGCCAGGCCGAUCUCCGUACUGCCCGGACCUCUCGGACAAGAAAGAGCUGACGGCUGAGGCAGAGAGGGCCGCAGAGAUCAUCUGUGACGGUCGCAGGAAGGGCAGUGAGGCCCCAGACAUGAGCCUGUGGAAAGCGUACUCGGUCCUGUACUUCCUUGACGAGGUGGCCAGCAAGUCUCCCCUGCCCGCCGGCUGCAUGAAAAAGCUGGCAGACACUUAUCCUUUCUUGUCUGCCUCUCACAACUCAGAGAUCUUGUUGAGAUGGUGUGAGGUGGUGAUCAAAAAUGAUGCUGGAAAUUUCUUCCAGGACGUCAGAUCUUUCAUGAAAAGCCAAGGGAAGCUCAAGUACACAAAGCCGCUGUACUCGGAGAUGACACGAGGUUCAGACGCCGUGAGACAUCUGGCCGUGGAGAUUUUCCGCGAGACGAGAGAGUCACUUCACGUCCAGGUGCGAGAGUAUGUGGCCUCUCUCCUCAAGGACGCCGGACUUUUGGUCUGAUGGCUCCGAAGACGUUUACGUAAGCGGGAGGGGGGGGGAUGAACGAGUUCAGGUUUACACUUAAACCAAACACAUGUUGAUUACAUGGCGUUAAGAGAAAUUAUGUCGCAGCGUUAUGAAAUCAGGCAGUCGUCAAAUUAAUUAAAAUGAAGAAAUUGACAUUUUUUUUCUCCCGCUUUGCAAUUUUGUUCGAUUUUUUAAUUUUGGGAUCAGCACAUUUUCUAUCCCUUUGAAAACAUAUUUCUGUUUGCAUGUUAUUUUUUUUUUGAAAAACUUGAUCAAAGGCACAACAAAUGUAAAUAUUUGCCGUUUCCAAAGACACUCUAGCUUUAGAAAUCCCCUAACUUUGGCAGUUAUUUCUUCUCUAAAUUUACCCCUGAACAUAUGCGACCCCAUAUCCUUCAAUUUUAAAUAUCUAACCUUCUAUUCAAGGUAGAUGGACAUAUUUUUCGUCAAAAGCAAAGCAAAUAAACAAGCUUUUAGACCAUACCCAUAGCUCCAUGUGCCCACAAAUUGACGAGGGUCUGAUUGCAAAGUGUUGGGUCACAAUUUUUUAAUUUUCACACCCUUGUGCAGAUGCACUGCUGUUAAGGGUCAAACCACCAUAAUUUUAGUUUCAGAACAGAUGUAUAGCCGCUAAAACCGUCGCAAAUUAGUAACAGUUGAGCCUGCUCUCACAGCCACGUGUAUAGAACAAGACAAUCACCACAUGUGGCGUCGGUGGCCCAGUGGUUAGGCUCUUGGACUCGCAACUGUAAGGUCGUGGGU